CGCACACACGCACACACGCUCACACGCACACAGGCAUUCUGUAUGGGGCGGAUGGAUGUUUUGUCACCCCGAUCAGAGCAUAUGUGUCUUGUUCAUUUCCCUUUGAGGUGUUAGGUUACAUGCCUCACCGGGAGUGGAGCCUUCCUGUACCAUGCAAACUAACAAGACAGGGCAUGAGAAGUGUGUGUGUGUGUGUGUGCGUGUGUGUGUUUGUGUGUGUGCGUGUGACGUAGCAGCCUGUGAAUCUGGUUCGGCAGGAUUUGUGAGGGAAGGGCGAGAGAGCAGAGGCAGACACAGGGAGAAAAAGUACAGAAUAGUUUAAACUAGUUUUCACGUAACUUUAUUUAACUGUACAGCUGUGUAUCAAUCUUCUCCUGCUGGUGUCGACAUACUGGAUUUUGAUAUUUGAGUCUGGUUUCAGCACUAGUGCAGCAGCAGUGAUGAACUGGUCAGGACUGGAGAGUUUGUUGAGUGGAGUCAAUAAAUACUCCACUGCGUUCGGGAGGAUCUGGCUGUCCAUGGUGUUUGUGUUCCGCGUCCUGGUGUUUGUGGUGGCGGCGCAGAGGGUUUGGGGGGACGAGAGCAAAGACUUUGUGUGCAAUACUCGGCAGCCCGGCUGUACCAACAUCUGCUAUGACCACAUCUUCCCCAUCUCCCAUAUCCGUCUGUGGGCGCUGCAGCUGAUUUUUGUCACGUGCCCCUCCAUGAUGGUGAUGGCUCAUGUUAAAUUCCGCGAAGGAAAGGACAAGAAAUACGAGGAGCUGCACCACGGCUCUCACCUGUACGCCAACCCGGGCAAGAAGAGGGGGGGGCUGUGGUGGACCUACCUGCUGAGUUUGGUCUUCAAGGCUGGAUUCGACACUGCGUUUCUGUACAUUCUGUAUCGGAUAUACCAUGGAUAUGACUUGCCCAGGUUAUCCAAGUGCUCGCUGGAUCCGUGCCCCAACACCGUGGACUGCUUCAUCAGUCGCCCCACCGAGAAAAAGAUCUUCAUGGUGUUCAUGGUUGUUUCCAGCGCGCUGUGCAUCUUGAUGUGCAUCUGCGAGAUGAUUUACCUCAUCGGCAAGCGCAUCUCCAAACUGAUGCGGGUCCGCAACAACAACGACAGGAUUCGCUUUGCCGAGGAGCACGAGCUUACCAACAUGGCCCUGCCCAGGUCCCAGUACCGCAGGGUCGAUCCCACGCUGACAGAGAGCCAGCGGAGUUUAAACAAGAUUGACAAGGUCAGAGAAGGUGGUAUAAGUACGACCCUGUAGGACUCGGUAGUGGGGGUGUGGGGGGUGGACACAUUACAGGAACACGUACCCUGAUACAGUCAUUUAACCGAAAGGCUGUGACCCAGCUGAACACGAAACAUUCACGGCGCUCUCGUUGUAAGGAUCUCGGACACCGGCCGGUUGUGUGCUGAACACUGUCAGGAGGAGAGGACUAUCGGUAUCACGAUGUUUGGAUAUCACAUUUCUAUAUGUCCUGUAUGUUUUAUCUCUACAGCGCUGUGGCAGUGCUCAAGAACGGUCUCAUUCUGGGAAAGUGUGGGGGCAAAAUAAUAAUAAAAUGCUCUGACUUGUUUGUAUUUUCUCUAAGACAAUCACAUUGGCCUUGGUAUAGCACAGUCAUUUAUUUAAGUCAUAGUGGUUUUCACACUGCAUGUCUGACUGGGGUUGGGGGGGUGUAGGGUCACAUAGACACACUGCAAGAACCGGAUCCGAUUGGUCUGUGACCUGUGGACACCAAAACACAAUUACCAGAACCCGAUGACGAGAUGGAUUUGAUGAGUGUGAUGUGUGUGUGUAUCCUGCCAUUCUUAGCUGCAGUGCAAGCUAAGCUUUUGCCUCUGAGCUGCGAAACUUG